UGUAUUGCAUACCUCUUAAAAAAACACUGCUCUGAUUGAUAAAUAUAAAAAGAUCCUCUACGGAGGACAGUUUUUGUGAUGGCAACUUCACUUCUAGGGGAGGAGCCGAGAUUAGGAUCGACUCCCUUAGCCAUGUUGGCUGCAACGUGUAACAAGAUUGGGACUCCAAGUCCGUCACCCUCUUCGAUAUCAGAUAACUCCGCUGCCUUUGGAAAAGGCUUUCAUCCGUGGAAACGAGCCUCUGCGAGUAGCUGCAGUUUGGGCUCAGGUUUAUCCACGUUUGGGGUAACCCGCAGUGGGUCAGGACUCUCGGACACAUUUGGAACCAACAGUUCAAGUGGAUCAAGUGCUUUUUCAUUAACACCGGGAACCUCAACCAAUUCGCACUUUGGAAACGACUACUCUGUUUUCCAGGCAUCGGUUUCGAAUACUUCGCAGGAGGGGAACCACCAGCCGGUGUAUAUUUCCAAAGUACAUACUUCAGUGGACAGUCUGCAAGGUAUCUAUCCGAGAAUGAGUGUUACGCAUCCAUAUGACUCUUGGUUCAAGUCAUCCCAUCCUGGUAUUCCGACAGGAGACGUGGGCACUACGGGUUCUUCUGCAUGGUGGGACGUCGGAGCAGGAUGGAUUGAUGUCCAGAAUCCAAACGGAACCACGCUACAGUCUUCCUUGCAUUCGGGGGGACUUCAGACUUCAUUGCAUUCUCCUCUUGGGGGUUAUAAUUCGGACUACUCCAGUUUGAGUCACUCGGCUUUCAGCACAAGUGCAUCUCCUCAUCUCUUGACCACCGGUCAGCAUCUGAUGGACGGCUUCAAACCAGUUCUUUCUUCAUACCCCGAUUCAAGCCCUUCUCCGCUUGGUGCAGCAGGUGGCACCAUGCUGACGGGAGGACCAGCGUCUUCACUAGCGGGGUCUCCGCGCUCCUCGGCGCGACGUUACUCAGGCAGAGCCACCUGCGAUUGCCCAAACUGUCAGGAGGCAGAGAGACUGGGACCUGGAGGGGCGAGUCUGCGACGAAAAGGACUUCACAGCUGUCAUAUCCCUGGUUGCGGGAAAGUAUACGGUAAAACAUCUCAUCUGAAGGCUCAUUUGCGAUGGCAUACUGGGGAGAGACCGUUUGUAUGUAACUGGCUAUUUUGUGGAAAGAGGUUCACGAGGUCAGAUGAACUUCAGCGACACUUGCGCACACACACCGGCGAGAAACGUUUCGCUUGUCCCGUCUGCAAUAAGCGCUUCAUGAGGAGUGACCACCUCAGUAAACACGUCAAAACGCAUAGUGCAGGAGGCUCUGUGGGAUCGGGAUCAGGUGGCAGUGGGGGCAAACGGGGAAGUGACACCGACAGCGAACACAGCACCCCCGGCAGUCCUCCCUGUCAUUCCCCUGACCUGCUGCCUCCCCCCGAUUCUACUCCAACAACAGGCAUGAACGGUCUCAGUAACUCCUUGGACUGAGUUCGAUCUUACGCAGGCUAUUUGAUGGCAUCUAUGGACAUUGCAGUUUCCAUAAACUAUUUUGGAGGCACUCUAUAUAGAGUGGCUCUCAUGUGAUCGGGUUUAUGAGAAAAACGAAUCAUACUUGUAUUGACGAUAAAGGAGGCAGGCUGUAUAUGCAUUUAAAGUAAGGACUAAAUUACUUUAAAGUAAAUACUCACGAAAAGAAUUACAGGCACAAAUUAACAUUACCAUUUGUGCAAUGCCUGCAUUGGAAGGCACAGUGUUACAUUCGAGGACAAGUCUGUUUUUGUCACCCUGCCCUGAUAUUAAACGAAGAGUUAAAAAAGAAUGUUCUGUAAGUGCUUAUGGCCUGCCGAGUUAAUGAGAACAUGUUUUCUGAAAACCAAACUGUGGCACUUUAUACUGGAACACUGCUAUGACGUACGUGUGCCUUUUCAUAGGCAAUUUGUAAGAACUUGUAUGUAGUGUUUUGUAGUUUUCAUUUUGUCCUUUACUCUCUUUUGUUUAAUAUUUGAGAGAAAAAAAUAUACAUCACACAUUGGUCUAAUUCUACCAGAGCCUGAUCAAGUUUGUAUGAGAUAUAUUGCGGUGUAUAUAGCCUAUGUAAUGCAAUAGCUUAGCGAGUUCUUACAUGCAGGUAUAAAUGUGACAUAUUUGUCCAGGACGCCCCCUUUUGUAUAGUAAAGUUUUAGAUGUAAAUUUAUUCUAGUAAAUAUCUAAAACUCUAUCGAAGUGAAAUCUGCUUUGUUUUUCACCCGUAAUUGCCAUAUUUGCCAACACGUUUCAGCUGGAGUUGUAAUAUUUAUCGAAUAGGCAGACUCGUUUUCUGUCUCAGCAAGUGUAUCAGAGACGCACUUUGAAUUUAUUUGUUAUAUUUUAGAAAUAAAAAUGUUUAGUGAU